UGCACAGAUUAAUAACGCCAUGACGUCCUGUUAUUGUAUCUUUAUGCUUUUAAAUAUAUUUAUAGUUGUUUUUUGUACAAUUAUGUAUAAUGAUCCAGUGCACAGAAAUAAGAGACAAUUGCUGUUUCCAAAUUCAACUUUACUUCAAUUCAAUUGUGGAAUCGGCACACCGACUACAGCCGAUAUGAUCAUCAUGAACUGGGCAUUCCAGGCUAACUUCCAACUACCCUGGAACCGUUCGCAGAUACCAGUUGAUAUCCUGGAGACUGAUAGCGCAUAUCUAGGCCUGUCUAGGAAGAAACGAGAUAAUAAUCAAGCAUAUAAUAACGACGCGAGACUCUAUCACUUUUAUAAAUAUAUUGAGGAGACAUUAAAUGGAUUUGGUCACAACGGCACUGAAUGUGUUUUGCUAACUUUAUGUCACCUCGGCUCUGAACCUCUAUACGUCGAUGAUGAUGAAGAUAUCCUUCACGAGUUAACAAGCUUUGCUUUAAACCCCAGAAAUGAUGUGGAAUUCAUUGAAUAUGAAGAGGAAAUACGACCAUACGUAGAAGCUUACGAGCGUGGUGAAAAUUUCCAAAACUGCUCCAACCAUUACCGAAAAUGCUCUAUACCACUUUUAGACUUAUUUUCUAAGACAUAUACUCCGUAAAUUCAUAUGUUAUCUAGGACAAACCAAACCCACCACCAUUUUAACUUAUUAAAAAUAUAAGUACCUACUUAUUAUUAUUGUAUUUUAUAAAUUUUGCAUUCACAAUGCUAUACUGGAAAAUAUUCCCAAUGAAAAAUGCUUAAAUACGCUCUUCUUGAUGAAAAUACGCCCAAUAAUAACGAAAAGUGCUUGAAAAAUGUAUCAGUCCUGUUAGGUCCUGGGUAGCUCAGUGGUUAGAGCAGUCGACCGGAUUGCGAAAGGUCGUAGGUUCGUGUCCCAUCUUAGAGUAACUGGGGCUGAUGGAUUUUACAUAGCGUAGGUUAAAAUGUACGUUACGCUACUGAUACCUACAUAAGAACUAUAUCUCAAUAUAUAUAUACCAAAAAGUUACUUAGUUUGAUUUUGUGGAAUUUAUACACAGUACGUUUUCAACCAGUGUAUAAUAUUUAUUCUGUGUGUGUAAUAUUUUUGAUAGAAUAUAUUUACAAAAUACUCUCUUGACGUCAAGAGGGUUGCAGGUUCCAAAUGGAUGGAAAGGGCUCAAUUCCGUGAUGAAUGGUAAAUGCUAAGGGAGGCCUUCACUGAUUCAGUACAGACAGGCUAAAGAAGAAGAUUUACAAAAUACAAAAUGCCAUAAGAAGCAACAUGUUUUACUUUUUUUAUCUUUAAAGUUAGUAGCUAAAGAGAGAAAUAAG